CUAUUUUUCUCAUCCUUCACUACUGAACACAUAAUACAACUUAAUUUGAAUUCUAGUACUGAAAAAUGGGUUCAAGAGUAGCAAUACUCAUGCUUGGCCUCUUGGCCAUUGUUCUUAUCUCUUCAGAAGUGGCUGCUAGAGACUUACUUGAGGCUUCACCGAACAAGGAUGAAGCUGGUACAGAGGCAAAUGAAGUGGGUGAGGCCAAGUAUGGAUAUGGUGGUGGUCACUAUGGCCACGGCGGUGGAGGCUAUGGCCACGGUGGUGGAAGCUAUGGCCACGGUGGCGGAGGAUACGGCCAUGGUGGCGGAGGAUACGGCCACGGUGGCGGAGGAUACGGUCACGGUGGAGGAGGGCACGGUCACGGUGGAGGAGGGCACGGAGGAGGAGGGCACGGUCCCGGUGGUAACUAAGCGAGUGUUUAUUACAUAUUAUGCUUCAAUAAUAUGUUAUUUAAGCAUAAUGUGUAAUAAAUAAUUAUUAUUAUAAUGGCAUUUCAGUGAAUAAAUGAAGCUCGUGAGAUGAGAGAGAGACAUAUACAUGUAGAGAAAGAGAGAAAUAGUAGAUAGGACUAAAGGCUAUUUUUGUCUUUUUCCCUAAAUGCUAUGAUCGAUCUUUCUGAUGAUCUUAGCUUGCCAUAUUAAGAUGUCUUACUCUCUCCACAAGUGGAAUGUUGAAUGUAUAUGCAUCCUAUGUUUAUGUCAUAAUGAAAAUAGUAACCAAAGUUGUUUUCAACUA